AUGGGCGGUAUAGAGACGGUCGUGGUUGGGCCCGCAGCGGUGGACCCGGUGGCGGUCGUCGCGAAGGAGUGUGUCACGCUGGCGACGGCCAUGCGGAAGUACAGUAAGUUGCAAUCGCAGUCUGGGGUCGCGGUGCUGUUGCUCGGUGGGAGUACCGGUGGGGAACUUGCCAUGGGAGAGGUGUUGGGUGGUGGCGGUGUCAGUGAACGCGGUGGCAACAGCAGCGUUGCUGCUGUUGCCGCUCCAGCUGCAUCGCGGUCACGCAACGACCCUCUCGUCGCUGGGUUCAUCCAGCUCAGACAUAUCCUCAACAAGAGACGCUCCCUCGAGGACGUCGACUCCCUCACGCUGUGGCAGCCGUUCCUUCUCGUUGUGAAAACCGCAUCUGUCUCAGGGUACAUUACGUGUCUCGCAUUGGACGCGCUGUCCAGAUUCGUACGGUUGCAAGUCGUGCACAGUGGGUCUCGAAACCAUGUGGCCGCCGUGCGAGAAUUAGUAGCUGCUCUAACACAUUGCAAAUUUACACCCUCGCAGCAACAGAGUGACGACGCGGUGCUCUGUAAAGUUGUCUUGCUGUUGGAGCACACACUGUGUGCGUCACAGUUGGGACACUGCGUCUCGGAUACGGGCGUUUACGACGCGCUGCAGACACUCAUGUCCAUCGCGUGCAACACUAGACGCGCAGAGGUGCUGCGCAGGACUGCAGAGACAGCUACUGUAGGGGUCACACUAAGAGUGUUCGCUUGCCUGAGGGAUAACGCGGCAACGGAACUCACAGCACAGAAAUACAUCAGUGACGAGAGUUACUCGAGGGAUAGGUUGCAAGAUGAUAUGGUGGGACCGGGGGUGCAGGCUAGUCCGGAGAGCCCGCAGGGCUCAACGGACGGCGACUCAACGCAGUCGGGUGAACCAGUGCCGGAGCAAACUGAGGAGGAGGAGACUGUGCCGGAGGAUGUGUCGGAGACCGUACCGGCCUCCGACGCCUCCACAUCCACUCCCGCUGAACCAAACUACGGCCUGCCCGUCGCAAAACAACAACUCACUCUCUUACUCUCUCUCAUCACACCGGAAAACAGCGCCAAACACACAAACUCGGCGCGGAUCUUCGCGCUCCAACUCAUAAACACAAUCAUAGAAUGCGUUGGAGACAAGUUCCCGCUCCACCCGCGCCUCUUCAGUCUCAUCUCAGACCCUAUCUUCAAAUGCAUCCUCUUCACCAUUCAAAACACAACAAAGUUAUCCCUCCUACAAGCCACUUUGCAACUGUUCACUACUCUAGUAAUCAUCUUGGGGAACCACCUCUCAAUGCAAAUGGAAAUGACCCUCAAUUGCAUCUUUAACAUCCUGCUGGAUGGCGCCGUGGGGGACAGCCAGCAACAACAACAACAAAAGACAGCGGGCGCUAAACCAAGAGACCCAGCUUUGAAGGAACUCCUCAUCGAACAGAUAUCCAUCCUUUGGACUCGCUCCCCAUCUUUCUUUACCUCCAUCUUCGUCUCCUUCGAUUGCAACCUCGACAGGGCAGACCUCGCGUUGAACUUCUUGAAAAUGCUUUCGAAACUCGCAAUGCCAGAGGCAGCGCUUUCAACGACAGAAAACGUGCCACCCAUUUGCCUCGAGGGGCUCGUCUCUCUCGUGGACGAUAUGUACGCCCGAAUGCAGAUGGUCCCCAAGGAGACCUUUGAAACGCAGCGGGGGGAGAGUAAGAUCCUCAAACAAAGAGAACGCAAGACAGAGUUCAUUAGCUGCGCACGCGCGUUCAACGAAAAACCAAAGAGGGGGGUGCCCCUGCUCAUCGAGCGCGGGUUCAUAGAGUCCGACUCUGAGGAACACAUCGCCAAAUUCUUGUUUGAGAACAAUAGCCGCAUGAACAAGAAGACUAUAGGGUUGCUGCUCUGCGACCCGAAACAGGGCUCGCUACUGCGGAAGUUCAUGAACUUGUUCGACUUCAAGGGACUGAGAGUAGACGAGGCGAUCAGAAUCUUGCUCACUAAAUUCAGACUCCCCGGUGAAUCGCAACAGAUCGAAAGAAUUAUAGAGGCCUUCUCAAGCAGAUACUCGGAAAGCCAGGACGAGCCGGACCUGCCAGACCCAGCUGCGGGUGAUGAGACCCCAGUGCAGCCGGACGCGGACUCCGUAUUCCUUUUGAGUUACUCCAUCAUUAUGCUGAACACAGACCUCCACAACCCGCAGGUCAAGGAACACAUGUCCUUUGAGGAUUACUCGAGCAACCUACGCGGCGGUUACAACUCGGAGGACUUCCCGCACUGGUACCUGGACAAGAUCUACUGCUCCAUCAGGGACAAAGAGAUCGUCAUGCCCGAGGAACACCACGGCAACGAAAGAUGGUUCGAAGACGCAUGGAACAAUCUCAUCUCCUCGACAACGGUCAUGACGGAGAUCCAGAGAGAAAACGUUAAUGCAAUUGAUAAAUUGAGCGCCGCAGAACUGCUCAGGUUUGACAGAGCAGUGUUCAGGUGUAUCGGUAACUCCAUCGUCAACACUUUUUUCAAGAUAUACGUCAUCGCCAGCGACGACCACAUCACGACACGGAUGCUGACUAGCCUCGACAGGUGCUCGUACAUUUCUGAGUACUUCACCUUCAAACGCCUGUACAACGACAUCAUUCUCAACAUUGGGAAAUUUACCACCAUUGUCAGCAGUAAUCCGCUAGGCACGCAGGGCAACCAGACUGAUCAAGCGGAUGACGAAGAGAUCCCUCUUGUAGAGAUAAGCCUGAACGGCGGGUCACGCGAGGCAAAAGUGCCCGUGAGCAACCUGGCGGUCAGAAUGGGCAGAUCCUUCAGGGCACAAGUGUGCACGUUGAUCUUCUUCCGCAUACUCAAGAGAACGAAGAACGCGCAGUUGAUCAGCACAGAGACAUACAUGGAGGUGGUCAAAAUCCUGCGUAUUUUGUUUGAGAACCUGCUGAUAAACCCAGACGUUUUCUUGGACUUGCAACAGACUUUGAAGAUUGGGAACCUGCUCAAGCCAACUCCAGAUGUUGCACUAACAAAACACACGGAAAACAGGGGUCUGUUCUCGACUUUUGCGUCGUAUUUGAAAGGUGAUGAGGAGCCCACAGAGGAGGAAAUCGAUUUCUCGUUCAAGGCGCUUUCCUGCGUCGAAAACAGUAAAGUGACCUCCUCGAUCUUCGGCAACGAACGCAUUAUGACCUCCACGCUUGCUAAAAGUCUGAUAGACUCGAUCGACGUGAAGAAGACGGAUGAAAACGCGAGGUUCUUUGAGGCGGAGUUGCUUUUCCUAGUGGAGAGCGCUGUAGCGUUGGUCCUUGUUUGCAAAGACGAAAAGGAACUGCCACAGCUUGUCCUGGACAAGCUGUUUGAAUUGUCCGAGCUCAGUGGCGUCACACGGCGGACGAACCGCCGGUUGUUGACGUACGAGCUUCUGCUAAUCUCUGUCUCGGAUUUCUCUAAGGAGAACGUUUCCUUCCUGAUCAACGACCAGUUGCUGAACAAAACGGAUAUCUUCAAUGAGAAGUACUUCAACACGCCGCAAGGUGGGGAACUGAUCAACAGGGUGUUGCAGCUGACCAACAUAGCCAACUACAGCGAGUACAUCUUAAGAGAGGAGAACUACUGGAAAUUCUUGAGGCGGAUUGCCGCGAUGGUGGAGCGAACGGAGGUUGUCUUCGAGUACAUCAAGAGGAACGUCGUUGAGGAGAACCACCUGUGCGACGAGCAAAUCUUCAUGUUGGUGCUCGGACUGCUCGAUGAGAUUUCUUCGAUAGGCGCCGUCGGCAGCCGGUGGGAGCAAGAGUACAGCAGGUCCGUGAAGAGCGGGCACAAGAUCGGGCAAGAAAACCCGUACCAGCACAUCAUCGGCGUCUCCUUGAAGUCGAUCAGCUUGACAGCACACUUACUGGAGAACGACUUGCUGAACAAAGGGGAAGUCAUUGCCGUGAUACAGGCUCUAGCGCAUCAGUGCAUGAACCCAUGCGAGCAACUGAACUCGUAUGCUUUGAAGACGAUGGAGUUGUCCCUCACUGAGACGCUCGAUUUCUCCAGCUGUAAGCUCGGCACAUUGGAAGACGCGAUAGAGGAAGGGUUGUUGAGCAUCCUGGACAUCAAGGACGCGGGCGCAAGUUGCAACGUGCCCCUGUUUGACAUCCUGAGAGUGACUGCGAACGUGUACAUAUACUACUUGAAGAAGGGUGUUUCCACGAACGACACGUACCUGAGGAUCCUCAAUUUCUUCAACGCGUACGUGGAGAACCCACAGGUUGAGACGCUGCUACAGCAACUGAUCUUGCAGAAGAAGGCAGUAGAGAGGGGCGACGUGGUGGUGGAACCCGUGGAACCCGUGGAACCCGUGGACCUUAUGGAACCCGUAUCGGAUACUACCGGUGUAGCUACUGAAGCGCUGCAUCCGAGCGAAGAAGAACCAAUGUACGUACAAGAGCAAGAGGGGACUACAGGGACCCCCGAAUAG